ACACUUGCUAGAAUAAUUAAUAAUAAUACAAAUAAUAAAAUAAUGGAGUAAUAACAACUACUGGAGUAAAAUUUAAAAAUGCUUACAUAGAAACUCAAUGAAGCCAAACAGUUCACUUUUAACGUAUUUUGGAAAUUGAGAAUCAAUAAAAAAUAAGUGAACAAUAGCCAUAUUUUCUCUAAAUAAACACUAUUGAAUAAAAUGUCUGAGGCAAUUUCACAUUCAGAACAUGAAGAUGAGAAAAAUGAAAAAGAUAAAGAGAAAGAGAUUGAAUUGGUUGAUCAAUUACUUAAUCAAUUGCCAGAUACUGUUUCAAAUAUGUGGGAGAUACCACAAAUCUAUGAAUUCCUCUGUCUUGCAAAAGAUACAUUGCACAUACAACAUUUAUCAAUGUAUGAAAUGGAGAGAAUGUUGCUGAUUCCAAAAGCAUCGAAACAAUUGGCCAAUGUCAUGACAUGUCUUUUAAGUCCAACAUUACCAGCAUCUAAAUAUAAAAAAAUACCACUGAUGCCCUAUGACUUUUGGACCAAUUAUUUACUUACGCACAAAGUCCCCAGUUGGUUUAAAAUUUAUGAAAAUAAGGAUAAAGAUUCUGUAAAGGUGUUGGAAGCUAUAGGAAUUGAACCAGAAUUUUGGAAAAUAUUUCCUGACAGUUCCAUUGUUGAACGACAAAAUUUUGAAGAUUUUGAAUUAAAACAAAAAGUUUGGCUUUUGAAAACAAUCUGUGAUACGCUUAUGCAUACAAGGAAACUACUCCAAGAAGAAGUUGCCAAUAAAUACUUAGAUGGUCUGAGUGAAAAAAUACUUGGACGUGAUCGAUAUGGAGCUCGUUAUAUUUAUUUUCCAAUUUUUCUUGAUGGUGACUUGAGGGUAUAUAAACAUUUUAUGAAUAAUAAAAUUUUUUUAAAUGCUAUGCCGGCGAGUGCUAAAUUGAAGUUACAAUCUACGAGGACUAGAAAAAAGAAAACAGAAAGAAAAAGAGUGAAAAAUAAUCGUUGGAAAAAUGGAAUUUUGCCGGGACGAUCUAAAAGACGCGUUAGAGUAAAAAAAGUUAUUAAUCAAGUUAAAGAGAGUAUAAAAAGUGAAGCGACGAAGCAGAAUGGAAUGCCAGAUGUAUCUAGCAAUGUAGAUUCUGAUUUGAAUAAAGAUGUUGAAUUAAACAAAGAAUUAAUGGAUGCACCUAGUAAAGAAGCUAUUAUGGAUAUAAUAGGCGUUAAGCCUUGUAUGAUUGAAGAAACUGAUCAUCUUCUUGAAGAUAUUUCUAGUAGUUCUAAGACUGAUGAUGAAAAAAUGAAUGAAAGGAUAACAAGUGGAAAUAUUACUUCCGUUAAUACUAAUUGUGUGUCAAAAAGUGAUGAUGAAAAAUUAAUAGAAACUAAAACUGUUAAUGAUACAAGUAAUGAAGAGAUUGAUAGAAUUGAUGAUAAGAAAGAUGAUGAUAAUUCAUGUGAAGUUAAACCUGAAUUAGAAGAAAAUGAUCAAGAUCCUUUAAAGGAAGAUGAUAAAACUCAAAAUGAUCAGGAAAUAAAUCAAGAUUUGUCUGAAAGUAAAGGUAUCAAGACGAGAAGUAAGAUAAUCUGUAAAAAAGAUUCAGAUAACUUUAACAAUAUUUUAACAGAUUUAGAAGUGUCAAAAUUUCAACUUGUUGCUGACAGUGUGGAAUCAUUAAAAAGUCUAGUUCUUAAUCUCUCUAAACAGAGUAAAGUACAGUCUAGUGAAGCUGCAAGGUGUGAACUGCUGCUCUUAAAGAAAUUGAAAAAUCUCAUUCAAUCAUUAGAGUCAAAAGAAUCUUAUCUUGAAGAAUCUACAGAUCGUGCUAAAAAGAAACUACAAAGCGAAUGGCAAGCUUUUAAAGACGGCAAUAUUAAAAAUGAAGAAUUGUCGUCUGACAGUACUAGUAGACCUGUUGCGUGGAUUCUGGGACCACAAGGCUCACCACUACUCUCUUGUGGCGAUUCAACACAACGUCGAGACAACGAAAAAUCUAGCAUCAAAGAGGAAAUUGAAAAAAAUGAUGAAUUAGAGGAUGGUGAUUCUAAAGAAGAACAAAGAACACGUAGAGUAUUGAGAGCACGAGGAGUUUCUUCUUAUAUUGAGCCAUUUUCUUCUGAAGAUGAUUCAGAUUCAAGUGAGCCAGAUGAUUGGGUUGGUUUUGAGACUGUUGAUCCAGCUACUGGCGUACAUACAAGCCCUCAUUCCGUAACGUCUUCCUCUAAACGCGUACUAACCGGCGAAUCAGACGCGACGGAUUCUGACACAGACUGGAUUCUACCAAGUUCUCGUAAAAGGAAGAAACGAUCUUUAGCAAGUAGACGUUUAAGGUCUCUCCAGAGUAAAGUACAAAUCGUUAAAGUUGAUGGUAACACUGGAAUAACAAUAGAUAGAAGUGUGAAGACAUUUUCUAAUCCUGAUGUUAUAAUAGACAAUAAUACUGAUCAACACGAUAAUUGCAAUAAUGCAUUAAACAAAAUAAAAAUUGAAAGUGUUCACUCGGUAUUGGAUAUUAAAGAUGAAGGGCCAAUAAAUGAUAACCAAUUACCUUCUGAAACGGCAACCAGUGGAGUGCAACAAAAUUAUGUUUUGGUUAAUACGGGAAAUGGCCCAGUCAAUUAUGUAGUAAUGAAGCCGGAUAACUCAUCAAUCACUUCAGGAUCACCGGUAAUUUCUGUCGUUCCUCAAGUACCAAUUCAUCCGGGAUAUUAUGUACAAAAUUCUGGUGGUUAUAUUGUAGCUAAUCCACAAAUAACUAAUAUUCAAUCAUCCUAUAAAGAUUCAUUAAAUAUGCAACCAGUAAUUAUGCAAAAUGAUCAAAAUUAUACAUCACAGCCAAAUAAUUAUGUUCAAUAUCAGCCAAUAGGGGUUGCGCCAUCAGCAAAUUCAUGUUCUCCUUAUCGUGGAUCAGUACCGACUACUCCUGUAACUGUUUCAAUGCAGCAAACACGAGCAUUACCUAGAGUUGUACAAAAUAAACCAAUUGUUUUUCCUCCACGUCCUCGACACCCGGAUGGUGCGGUUAUAAGGAGCACUGUACCAUUCAGAGGCAAUGUUCGAGGACAAACAAUGGUAAAUAACAGAAUGCCUGUACCAAGAAACCCAAAUGCUCAAAGAUGUGUACGACUAAUUCGACCACGUUUACCACAAGCUGCAAAUCACUCAACCACGAAUACAAAUAAAGCUACGUCUCUGAUUGUUCUCAGUGAUGAUGAUGAUGAAAUCGAGAUGAUUAUUCCCGAGAAAUCCAAUGUUUCGAAUACGAGAAAUACAACCUCUAUGGACAAUAGAACGGUGAACAAGAAUAAGCCAGUUAAUCCAACACCAACACCAAUAUUAGAUAAAAGCGGUUUAUCUCCGCAAAUUAUUGAGCGAAUGAACCAAGGGGGAAUAUCGAUUACUCCAGUCAAACGUAAAUCACCGGAAAAGCAACAGCCAAUAUCUGCAACUCAGCUGGUGGUUGUUGUAAAUGAAACUGGAAGUCAUUAUGCUCUAUCUCUUCCAAAUGGAAGUAAACUUAUACUUACACCUGAGCAAGUAGCACAAAUAAGAGCAUCUAACGGCGGAAAACUUAUUCUUUAGAACUUAUUAUGUUAAUUUAUCUUUGACUAAUUAUACUAUUAGACAGAAUUUAUGUAUUUAAGAGUCGAUACAAAUUGUAAAUAUGUGAUUAUAUUGACAGAUAU